AUGGACACCGACUUUGAAGACUUUGACAGUUCAAACUUGACAACAAAGAAUUUGUUCGAGGGUACAGAUCCACGAGGAUUAAACGAAAGUAUCAACUCUACGUUGAACCACUUGCAAUAUAAUAAUGGUGGAUAUAAUGGUGCCAGUCAGGAUCAGUAUUAUCAACAACAACAACAUGCUGACUACAGAGCAUCGAGACAGGGUAUCCCCUAUUUACAGCAGAGUAAUGGUGCGACCCCCCUCCACAUGGGCGGCCAGCAACAGCAGGCACAGCAAUUAUCGUCUCCAUUGAUUGCACCACAGGCCACAUUUAACAAUGGUCGAUCAUCUAGUCAGGUCCCACUGCAGCAGCCACCCAUCCAGCAGUACCAGCAGCAGCCUCAGCAGCAGUAUCAACCACAGCAGCCACAGUACCACCAAUCUCCUCAUCAGAUGCUGCCUCAGUCACCACCUCAACAGCCUCAGGCAUCGACCAACACUGCACAACAGCAACUUCAGCCGGCACAACAGCAGCAGUUGCCAUCGACCGCUGUCAGCUCCCCACAGCCCAUCCUGGACACGAUCUAUAAGUUGCUGUCAGAGCAAGAGACCAACCUGGUCAAGAUGAUACACGAGCAGUCCAUCGUCUUGAAUCGCCUCACACAGCCACUGGACGAGCAGUCGGUGCACAGUCUGCAGAACCUUUCACAGCAGCAGGUCACCCUGUCCAACCAAAUGAACACCGAGAUGUCUGCCCUUGACGCCACCAAGAAGGGUAUGAUCCUCGAUCCCACCGACCUUGCCAAGUUGUUUGCCCUGAAGCAGGACCUCCAAAUACAGUUCAAGCAGCUGACCCUCCUACAUCAAGAGGUACAAGCUAUUCUAAAUCCAAACAGCCAGAGCCUCAAACCAAAUGUCGCACUUGUAAUGAAGACACAACCAUUCCCAGUUGUGAUCACAAAGGGAAAGCAGCUGAGCGAGAAUCAACUGGUUGUGCAAAUCCUGACGGGCGCACGAUCAAACUUCCACAUCAAUGGUCCUGUCAAGGCGUCGUUGAUGUGUGAUUCAACGCCAACCAACAAGAACAACUCGCAGCAGCAGCUCGAGAUGGACUCGCAGCCAAUAUAUCCAGCCACAUUGACAGCACACUUCCCCUUAAAGUUCCUGGCUGGCACCAGGAAGAGCUCAGUCAACUUGAAGUUUGGCGUCAACAUCCGUGACAUGGACAACGUCACAUCCGCCGUUGAGAGUGACUCGUCCAACUCCUUUGUGGUCAUCACGAACGAGUGUCAAUGGGAAGGCAGUGCUGGUGUAUUGCUAAAGAAGGAUGCAUUCGAUGGACAGCUUGAGAUAUCGUGGGCUCAGUUCAUCAACACACUUCAGAGACACUUCUUGAUAGCGACCAAACAGGAUCCAGUGCGACCAAAGCGACCUCUAUCACAGUUUGACAUCAAGUACAUCCAGCAGCACUUCUUUGCCAACCGAACGAUUGUCCAUCAGCAAGACUUUGACAGGUUCUGGAACUGGUUUGGAAAGUCAAUGCAGACCUUGAGGUAUCAAAGACACAUUUCGGCUCUCUGGCAAGAGGGUAUAAUAUACGGAUACAUGGGAAGACAAGAGGUAAAUGAUGCGCUCACCAAUCAAGACCCAGGCACAUUCAUCAUCCGUUUCAGUGAGAGGAAUCCAGGACAGUUUGCUAUUGCCUACAUUGGAAAUGAGCUGCCACAUCGCAUCAAGCACUAUCUGGUGCAACCAAACGACACUGCCGCCGCAAAGAAGACAUUCCCAGACUUUUUGGCUGAGCAUCCACAGUUCAUUUAUAUAUUGCAAUGGACCAAAGGUCCAGAUGGACUGCCAAGGUUCCUCAAGUCACACAAGGACUCUGUGUUGGGAUCGUUCGCGCCAAAGAAGUCGGCACCAGCUCCAGUAGGUGGUUAUGAACCUCUUGGAAAUUAA